GCACGACGGACGUAUAGAGGAUGGACGGAUGCAGUAGAGGAUGGAACAUAAAGCAUCCGUGAUGAAGCUUAGAUAUAACGGAUGAUUUAUUCAAACUAACAUUGACCUAAUUUUUGCCACACUGAAUCGCAGCUUCAUCCGCAACAAUAUUUAUAGGUUGCAUCUCAGUAUGAGCAUCAAUCUAUAUUCACUCUUUUAUCUCGCUCCAUGGCCUCACCCUAUUCCACCAAGUCAUAUGAUGCGACUGCUGACCCAAGAGCUCUUGCUGAAGAACAACUCCCCGAGGCCCUCCGUCGCACAUCCCUCUUGGCGAAGUCCCUCCAGUCAGAGCAAGCAUUCGAAACCGUCAGAACUAGGUUGUGCUCUAUCCUGGCCAGCACUAUCACCACAGCGGGGGUCCUCCUCGCUAUAAGUGGUGUUUUUGUCACUACCGGCUCUCCUGUGUCAUACUUCGACUAUGCGUCACCCGCUCCUCAUUGUCUGCUCUUCGUAUCCCUCAUGUUCGCUGUGAUCGCGCUGUUGACAUCCGGCUCGAGCAUGAUACGUUGGGUGCACGCCGAUCGGCACUGGACUCAAGAGCAACUUGAGCCAGGCAGCUACUUUGUGUGGUCAUACCUGUUGUCAAUAGUCACCCCCAUGUUCUUCGUUGCUUGGCCCCUACAUUGUUUCGUAUUCGCGAUGUUAAUUGCGGGGUUUUCCUCUCAAAGCAUGAUCUGCCGUGUCAUCACUGCGGUCUGGAUGGUCGCAUACGUCGUGAACAUUGGGAUAAUAUUGAUGGAAGCUAUGUGGAAGUAUGCGACAAGCCUCAAUCACGCUAGAUAUCGCUAGUAGUUUUCACUUUCCACUUCGUAAGCCUGGCGCUUACGACCAAAUCUCUCAAACCUGUUGUCCGCUGCUACACUUGCCUCUGAAUUGAUCAAUCGUGAGACUCAGGAGAGCUCUGUGGCAGGUCGAUAGAGGCAUUCAAUCUACUAAUCAUCAAUAAAGUUGUCCAUUAACAAUCAUACUCAUACCUGUUCUUUUCACCACAA